AUCAAGCAUGUCAUGAUAGCAUAUAACAUCAAGACAAACAUCUCAAAGCCCAUUUUGGAAAAGAGGAUAUUCUUUUCUUGGUUGCAGAAGUAAUUUAGGAUGCAAAGUUUUCUUCUUACGGGAUGCAUACCUUUUUGGCUUGCUCUUGUUGUAGGAGUCUUCUGAAAGCUCAGCAGUUUAACCAGGUGUUAAUUGUUGACAGCUACAAAGCAAAAUUUUGGUCAGCAAAAGCAGCAAAAGAGAGAAAAUUAUGGGGGGAAAGAACUCCAAGGAUCAAGGAGAAGAAAGCACAAUGCCACUAAAGAAAAGCCAGAAGCUACCUCUUUGGGAAGAAACUCUUCUUUCUGGAAAAGAUCCCAAAACACUGUUAAAGCGUGGGCUGCACUAUGUCAGUCUGAACCUCAUCAUGAAGGGGAUGAUAAAGACACCUAACUUUUUAUGGGGACUACCACAAGUCCAGAAAUUGAAUCUUUCACACAACCAGCUGGUGACCCUUCCUCCAGCUUUGGGGAAACUUGACCAGCUGGUGGUCCUGAACUUGUGUGGGAACCGCAUAAAGUCCCUGCCUAAAGAGAUUGGACUGCUUAGGAAUCUGAAGGUUUUGUUUGCCAAUAUGAAUUGCUUGACUGAAGUCCCGUUGGAGCUUGGACACUGUAAGAAGUUGGAAAUUUUGAGCCUCUCACACAAUUACAUCUCUUGGCUCCCUUCUAGCAUUGCAGAACUGGUCAACUUAAGGAAGCUGAAUCUGAGCAACAAUCGGUAUAUUUACACAAGCACCUGCAAAAUGCAAGAUAAUCAAAUCAGGCUCCAUGAGCAUCAUCUGAGUAAGGUUAAGGCUCUCUGAUGGAAGUCUGAUGCUUGUCAGCCUGUGCAACAACUGGUUAUCCUUGAGUACUGAUGACCCUUGAUAUAUGAUUUGUUGCUUUGUUGCCUGGAUUGUGAUUUUUGCCUUCUGAAACCUCAAGUAAGGUUCAGAUUGAUUUAUCUUUAAGUUUCUGGGCUCACUUAAAAAUUAUUCUGCUGUUGUUGUUGUUUUUAAAUUUGAUUGUGCAGCUACUAUUUUGCUUCUCCUAAACUCUGUUAAUGCCAAUAUACAUUUUUUGCACUCAAAUAAGAAAAAAAUCCUUUUUUGUUGCUGUCAUUAAAUAAUUUUGAUUUUUCUUCUAUUCAUAUUUAUAAGUGUUAACAGGCUUUGUAUUUUAUUCCCUGCUGAGUGGAACAGAAUAUAUUUACCUGCAAACUCUUAUUAGUGAUGUGAAUAGAAGUUUAUAAGUUGGUUUUAUGGAGUGUGUCUAAACAAUAUUUAAAAUCUUGCAAUUCUAAAGAGAAAUGGAUUACAGGUAGUUGUUGACUUACAUUCAAAGUUACAACAGUGCUGAUGAAGGGAAUGGUUUUCCAAUUCACAGUUGUUGCAGUGCCCCUGUGUGAUCACAUGACUGAAAUUCACACAUUUUGCUGGCUAUUCACUCUUCCAACCACAGAGGUCUUCAACCCCCUCCACCCUUCAUGCCCUUUUGGUCCACUGCAUUCUGUGGCCCCUGCCACCCUAGCUGACCUUUGUGGUCUUUUUGUUCCUGCUGCUGACAAAGCAUGCCCACCUGGCCCUUUGCAAGGUAGCUGAUGACCAUACAAGGCUUUCUUCCCAAAGGCGGCACUGUACUUUCCUCAUGAGACCUCAUGACCUCAUAUCACCAGUAGCUGCUUUAUGAAACUCCAGGUUGGGCCCACCUCAUCAGCUGUGGGAGCAAGAAGACAAUGAAGGUCAGCUGUGAUGGUAGAGCACAGAGUAAUGGGCUUCAGAAUGCAGGAUGCCAUAGGUGACUAUGGUUGAGACUGGGAUGGGGUGGCUGUGGCUUUUUACCAUGCUGCUAGGUCAGCUGAGCCUAGGAUUUGCUGGAGCCCCUUCUUCUUGCAAUUCCAGAGCCACAGCACAUCAGAAAGGCCCUUAGUGCCAUACUACUGUCCUGGGCUUCACACUGUGAAGGACUUCAUGCUGCACUGCAGCUCAGAGACUUCUUGGGGUCACAGAGCCAUGGCACAUCAAGAAGACCCUUUCCACUGUAACCACUAGAGCAGGGUAGGGGUGAGCUUGGUGCUGUACUAUGGCUCAGAGCCUUAUUGCAGUGCCAGAGCUGUAGCAUGCAAAGAAGUCCUUUGUGCAGCACUGCUGGGCUCGGCUGGGCUUGGCUAGGCUGGGCUGGGCUGGAAUGUCUGCCCCUUGCUCAAUGCUGUAGUUCAGGAGUUUCUUGUAGCCCCAGAAUUGUGAUGUGUCAAGAAAUAUUCUUGAAUACAGCUCAUCCAUCUGGAACCCAUACCACAUCUCUGACAUAAAUACAAUAGAAAGAGUCCAGAAAUAUUUUACUAGAAGAGUUCUUCACUCCUCCGAAAACAACAAAAUACCUUAUACCAACAGACUUGAAAUCCUGGGAUUAGAAAAUUUACAACUCCAUCGACUUUGACAUGACCUGUGUUUAACACACAAAAUCAUCUAUUGCAAUAUCCUUCCUAUAAAAGACUACUUCAGCUUCAAUCGCAAUAUUACAAGAGCAAAAAAUAGAUUCAAGCUAAAUGUCAACCGCUUCAAACUUGAUUGCAGAAAAUAUGACUUCUGUAACAGAGUUGUUAAUGCUUGGAACUCAUUACCUGACUCCAUAGUCUCUAUUCAAAAUCCCAAAAUCUUCAACCAAAAACUGUCUACUAUUGACCUCACCCCAUUUCUAAGAGGGCUAUAAGGGGCAUGCAUAAGAGCACAAAAGUGCCUACCGUUCCUGUCCUAUUGUUCCCUUCAUCAUAUCAAAUUGAUAUAGUUGAUGCAUAUUUUUAUACAUAUAUGUAUAUUUUCUUCAAAAUAUGUUCUUUUAUCUAUGGCAAUUGUUUGUGUAUACUGUUGUGACAAAAGAAAUUAAAAAAAAAAUCCCUGAGCUGCAGCAUAUUCUACCCCAGCCUCCCUGAACUUGUACAAUACUACAGCACCCCUCCCCACAACUCAUGCAUGGCCUGUGCUGAGCUUUCCAGGGCCUCCACCACCACCCUGGAGCUCUCCUACCCUUUACUCUUUACAUGGGACCCAGUGGUGGCUUUCUACCGGUUCACACCAGUUUGGGCAAAUCAGUACUGCCGGCGGAGGGAGGCUCUGCUCACCCGCCCGGACAUCAUCAUGGAUGCUCUGCGCAUGCACAAAAGGUUCUGCGUGCACACACACUCACAGUUCCAAACUGAUAGCAAAGGUAAGUGGAACCCACUACUGAUGGGACCCUCUCCACUUCCUGCUUAAUCACCCACAAGCUUGGAUUAUUGGGACUGCCGUAACAUCAUGCUUUAUGACCACAUUGCUUAGUGAUGGAAAUUCCAAUCACAAAUGUGGUCAUAAGAACUAUCUGUAACAGUAUUGUUUUUUUUCAAAAAAAGCAUGUACUGUAUGUAAUAUUAAAUUUAUCCAUGCAUUUUAAUUCCAGUAUUUCCC